AAAUGCUAGAAAAUCAGAAAGGCCCAAAGUCGAGCGCUGAAAUGAACAUCGACUUUACACGUGAAAAGACUUCCAACUAUAUUCCUUGUGAAAAAACUUAGUAAUGGUUGAAGAUAGUUCAUCACCUACCACAAAUAUCGCCGAAGAAGAUCCGUUCAAUGAAGAUAAGGUAAGAUAAGAAUUUGGCGCCAUAAUCUGAGUAAAAUCCACGAGCCGACAUGUUGGUUUUGCUAGCACUAAAGAUCGGAGCAAAACAAAAACAGCCUUUUGUAUAAUAACUGUCGUUUGUGUUUUUGAUGCACACAUGCCUUGCUUAUUAUCAAGCGAAAGCAAAGCAUGUUGACAAAGGUUGGAAGGAAAAAAUGCUUGAUUUUUCGGGGAUCUCAGAACGAGAGUUGCCAAGAUAUUUGCUGUCCUUCAUGAUCACAGUGUCAUUAGAACUGUAAGCUUUAAUCUUAAGCUUGCUUCCUUGCUUCUUGUGGGUUUAAUCCGCUGUGGCUUCAUGCUCAAAAAUCAAAUGUAAGGAAUAAAAAUAUAUGUUUGGGGUCCUAAAGCUUCAGCUUGACUACUAAAUAUAAAAAAGUUGCCAGUUUUUGUUGAAAUAUACUGUAGUUUAAAAUUGAAGAUUCUCCAAUGAUCUGAUCCUAGCGCAGCUCUGAACAGAACGCGAUUAUUAAAACUUCUCUGAUAAUUAACUUUAAAGCUUAAUACUUUUACUGAUCUGUGAGACUGGUUGACUUUUUUAGGCGGAAAGGCGAUUUCUUAACUCCAAGCCAACAUGUUUUGUUGUCAUUGGGAAGCCAGUAAGUAAAUAAAUCAUACAGUUCCUCGAUUGAUUAAUCAAAUUAAACCAGUAAGCUUACAAAGUUAUAUAUUUUUGUGAUUAAAGAUUUUUAACCUAGUAUCACAAAUUCCUUUCUUCCACCAAAAAUUCAGGGAUCAGGGAAAACAACACUUGCAAAGAAGUUAGCCAGGGUAUGGAAGUGCGAGCUCAUAAAUGGUGAGUAUUUCAAGGAGUUUAUAUUAACAUCUUAAUUCUCCUUACCAUAUCAAGAACAUGGCAAAGCCAACCAUGUAUCUUUAGGUACAGUUAAAAUUUGUCGUAAGCUUUUAUCUCAACAAAUUUGAUUCAUCAGUGAAAAUCAGCAAAAGUUUGACAUUGUAAAUCCACUGUUAACUACUAUUGAGUUACAUGGCCAUUACAAGUAACUAUUAUAGUACUGCCCUCACUUUACUCUGGACAGUAUGCGGCAGGAAUUCGAAUGUCAAAUUACUUGUUUAUAAGCGUAUGGCUGUAUUUAGACUGCCUAAGACAUCUCAAGCAUAAAAGAUUCAGAUGUCUAGCUUUGUAGAACGUAGAGUGCAGCACACAAAUUUUAAAAACUUCAGAGGAAUCAAACAACAGGUGCUGAUAGUUCAACAGUGGAUAAAGUAUCAGGGAAAUCAAUACAUUAUCCAGUGGAUAGACAAUUUAUCCCGAACAACUGGUGUUAGAUGUCUUGCCCAGCUCAGAUUACCUUUUAAGUCCCAGGAGAGACAGUCAUCACAUUUCUCCUAACAGUUUCAAUACUUAAUCAAGAGAAAAUGCAAUGAGAAUUAGUAAAAUGGUCAGAAAAUAGAAGUUGCUAAGAUCUUGAACAGGAUUCUCCCAACUUAGGUAUAACAUCUUAAAAAUGUAUUAGAAUAGUUUAGUGAAAUUGUACAAUAAUGUACAUGUGUGGAAACUGGGACCUUAAGGGUUAAGCUAUCAAGUAUUAAGAUAUAAUUUACCAUCCCUCACAGUUAUUGUCCUCCUAUCAAUUCCAUCUAGUUAUGCAUAAAAAGAUAUUUUUCAAAAGAAUGUUUGCUGAAGAACAAAACAGUAAACUUAGCCCCUAAAAUGCUGCAAAAUAUGCAUGGCCUUUCAAUCAACAGUUUAAUUUCUGCCCUGAUUAAGUGGGCUUUCAAACUGGUCCUUAGCUUUACACACAUGUAGAUGAUGUCAGCAUAAAUGUACAUUAUACUAAGUACAGUCGAACCUCUUUAAAGUGACCCAUUUCUCGUUAUUGGUUCAACCUGAGAACGACAAAAUUGUGAAAGGUUUGAGCCGAAGAUGAAGAUGACUACAGCACAGAUUGUCGAAAUGUCAGUCACUGCACUGUCAACAACAACAGUCCUCUUCAGGACUAUACGUUCACCCAGACAAUCGUACUCAACUUACUUAUGAAAGACAAUAUUUUCACAAAUUUACUUUGAACAACAGAAUCUCAAUCAAGUGUCUAAUAUUAGUUCAUAUUUUGUUUUAUUAAGUACCCACUUGUCCCUCAGCUAGAUUACCAUCAAGUCGACAUCCAUGUUCAUGCAUGAACUGAAUCUUUUUUUUUUCACACAGGCUCAGAAAUAAUAAAUCAAGGAAUUGAACUGCAGACCGAGCUUGGUGGAAAUGCACAGGAAAUUUUGCUCAGAGGUGAAGCAAUUCCUGAAGAAGUGUGUGCCAAAGUUUUGCUGGAUAAAAUCAGUUCCCCAGAAGUGGCCCAUCAUGGUGAGUAAAACUUUCUGGUUUGCCGCAUUCAAAAAUUCACCCUUUCACUACUUAAUACUUGUAUAAUGGAAGUUCUCGUUAGCAGACACCAUUGGGACACAAAAAAGGUGUCUGUAACAGGAGCUGGCUGCUAAUGGGAAUAUAAAAAUAAAGAGCUUGUAUGGGAGUUGAGAAAAACAGAGUUUUGUGUUGGUGCAUGUUCUUGCGUAGAGCUGUCUGCUAAUGAGGGUUUCCGUUAGGAGAGCUCUCACUGUAACAAUAAUAGAAAUUAAAACCCUUCACUUUCACUUUGUAAAAAUUAGUGAAGAAAAAAUGGAUAAUUUUAUGCAAAUAAGGGUGUGCGCUAUAUUGUACCAUCACCAGGUGGCCUCUCAUCACACCUAGCUUUUAUUCCUGGGCAACCAGAAAAUCUUAGUUUUUUCAUUGAAAUCAUAUGCUGGACACCCUGGAAAAGAUGGGAUCCUUUGAAUUUUUUCUUUCUAGAGUACAGCAAAAAGUUUCAUUUUAACCGUCACUCUUAGCUAUCAAUACUUUGCAUGUGAUAUGUGUACAAUGUUAUUCUAGGGUAUGUACUGGAUGGGUUUCCUUCUUUAUGUGAGGACUGGCUGUCAAUGGCUGAUCAACUUGACCUUGUGAAGAAUCUUCCUCUCACACCAGAUUUUAUCAUCAAUCUUAAGGUGGGUACCAGCAAUUUAGAUUGCCAUCCUUACCUAGAAAGUACGUUUUGAUCCACAGAUAGGGACUUGGAGUCACAAAGAACAACCCCCAGCUAGUAAACAGAGUGGUAACCUGGGAGCAAACUCUUGCAUGUGUGGAGAUGGGGCAAAUGGUAUUUGAACAUAGGGAGACUGAGGGUGUGUUCGAUUGUAGGCUCGAUUACCAGCCAUUGUUCAGGAAAAUGAGGCCGCACUCAUGAUCAUCCUCUGGAAAGAGGGGAGGAUCAAAUACCCAACCUGGGAGACAACGGAAAUCGAGCCUAGUUUGAUUGAAGCUCUUCCAGAAUUAUUCCCAACACUAAUCACCCAGUGGAUACUUUCAAAAAGCACCAAAAAUUGAAGGUGUCAUUCUUGCAUUGUGCCUGUCAAUUAUAUCAAUAAAAAUGUGUUUUCACCAUGUUGCUUCUCAUAUUAUCUUGCCCUGCCUCAAAUACAUUAUGUUGCUUUCAACUUACUAAAUGAACUUUGCAUACCAUAUCUCUAACCAGAUUCCUGACAAAGAUUUGGAGAAGCGGCGCUGUGAACAACGAGUAGAUCCCCUAACUGAUAUCCUGUACACAAAAAGUGAAUAUGCACCUGACAUGGCAACAAACGAAGAGAAAGACAAAGAUGAAGAAGAUGAAGAGGAGGAAGAAGAAGAGGAAGCUGAAGAGGAAAUGAUUGAGGAAGAAGAGGAGGUACUGUAGUGAAGUAUUUAAUGUAAUGAAGCUGACUUUAUAUGAAUUUCAUAUAUGGAAACUGGUUUUUUGUACAGCAGAAUGAGGAAAUAAAUACAAAGAAGAUCAUCGCAGUUAAGCCGAUUCUAAGAACCCAUGAUUUUUGUCAACUGGUUGAAUGGUUCUUAAAGUAAAGUGGAGGGUGGUUUUCACAGGUGUAUAUAAAACUGGUGCUUAUAGUGCCGCUCACAAGUGGGUUGACAGUCAAUCAAGUCUUGAUCUCAAGAAUCAAGAGUCGAGUCAAGAAAUAUAAUGAGCUUGUCACUUGACUGAUCUCUUGAGGAACAAUUAAAUUCAUCAAACAUACUGCUCUCUGUUUGAAGAUUUGUGAAGUAUAUGUGAACAGCUUUUGCAAUCCUUGCUUACUUCUGUGAUCAAACAAAAUUUACACUUUCGUAAUGUAUCUGCAUACAAAGGACAAGUCAAAUGGCUAGCAAUUAAAAUUCCCCACUUGUUCUGCACCUUUGAGACAGAAACGUAAACUUUUCUUUGUUUGUCCUUGGCUAAAAAUUACAUGUACUAACGAUGAAAAGUAAUUAAACAAGCAGGAAUGCCUUGUAAAGUAAUGCCGCUGCAGUGCAGUUGCAAGUUUCUUGUCUAAAAAUGACCAUAAACGAAAUAAUCUUGGACAAUCCUUCAGAAAUCAUGACUUUUGCUUUAGGAAUAUUACGUUGCUGUUGUCAUGACGAGAUUCAUAGAGAUCUGAAAUCAUAGACCCCUGCUGAUGUUCGCCUAUUCAAUAGGCGAACAUCAGCAGGGGAGCUCUGUAGAAGUAAUCAACUUUUUACGGCUCAUUUGCUUGGAGGUGACAAAUUCUCAUAUCAACGGAAUUCCUGUACGUCAACAAGAUUUCGGUUCAACAAAAAACUCAACUACAAAUUAACCGCAUUGGAAGUCUUUCUGCCGAACCGGAAUGCAUUUGCCUCUGUAGUGGCUUCUCUUAAAAUUUAUUGUACUUCGAGAAGAGUGAUUUUACGCACUUCUUACUGGGGAAUUUUCCAUUGUAUAUUUUGUUUACUUGUAUUUAUUAAACACUAAGCGCCAGUUAUUUAACUGGUAUAUUACAAAAUCGCGUCAUAAUUAAGCCCUUUUCUGUUUAACCAACGCUUUUAUCAAACCCCAUUUAUCGUGAAUAAUUUCAAUACAGCAUAUAAGGCAGACUGGAAAACUAAAGCACUUAUUUUCUUAAACUAACCCACCAAGAAAGAGGCCUGGAGGCCCAAUGAUUUCUGAAACCGCGGCCUAAGGAAACACGUAAUGGCUUGAAAGUAAUGUCACUCUAUUUUCUUUUUGCCUCUCUCGCAAGUGAAAGUGAGAGUAAACAGACACUGUGCGGUUUUCUCGAGUGCGUUUUAGAAGCUGCCUUAACGGAAAGGUUACUACACUACCGGAAUUAAAACAUCGAGGAAAUUAUUAAUUUAAAGCCGCGGAGUAUUUUCCCCAACAAUGAAUGAUAUUACCUCUAACUUUCUGCGAUAACACUGCAAAAUAUUUCAGAUUAUUUUUCAACCGAAUAGGCUGCGAAUUUAAUGCGAUGAUCAUGGUCACUUUCAUACCUUCAUCCGCAUUUCAUAUAUUUCAAUUCAUGCUUACAAGAACUCCCUAAUUUUAUGUCUGAACGCAAGGCUUUUUUAAUGGAAACUUCAUUCAAGGGCAGAACUAACACUAAGCGCUAAACGGAAACUGCCUUAUGAAAAAACUUUUAAAAUUGACGCGCUGUUUUAAAGGCCUCACUGGAUCUGGAUGGGGUUAAACACAAACGUAAGCGGAACACUAAAUAAAAUUCUCACAGAGCCACAGCCUGAAAAGGCUAAGCUGCUCUGUUGAAUCAGGAAGGCCAAACUUUUUGUCUUAUUGCUGGUCAGAGAUUCAAACAAUAUCUAAAAGCGCGUUUUUAGUUCCCUCUGAGACACCCGGAGAAUAAAAUUCUCACAGAGCCACAGCCUAAAAAGGCUAAGCUGCUCUGUUGAAUCAGGAAGGCCAAACUUUUUUUCUUAAUGCUGGACAGAGAUUCAAACAAUAUCUAAAAGCCAGUUUUUAGUUCCCUCUGAGACACCCGGAGAAUAAAAUUCUCACAGAGCCACAGCCUAAAAAGGCUAAGCUGCUCUGUUGCAUCAGGAAGGCCAAACUUUUUUCCUUAAUGCUGGACAGAGAUUCAAACAAUAUCUAAAAGCCAGUUUUUAGUUCCCUCUGAGACACCCGGAGAAUACAAUUCUCACAGAGCCACAGCCUAAAAAGGCUAAACUGCUCUGUUGCAUCAGGAAGGCCAAACUUUUUUUCUUAAUACUGGACAGAGAUUCAAACAAUAUCUAAAAGCCAGUUUUUAGUUCCCUCUGAGACACCCGGAGAAUAAAAUUCUCACAGAGCCACAGCCUAAAAAGGCUAAGCUGCUCUGUUGCAUCAGGAAGGCCUAACGUUUUUCCUUAAUGCUGGACAGAGAUUCAAACAAUAUCUAAAAGCCAGUUUUUAGUUCCCUCUGAGACACCUGGAGAAUAAAAUUCUCACAGAGCCACAGCCUAAAAAGGCUAAGCUGCUCUGUUGCAUCAGGAAGGCCAAACUGUUUUACUUAAUGUGGGGCAUGCACUAUCAUCUUCACAGAUCUAAUCAGUGCAAAAUUAAAUGAAGCUUUAAUCUGUAAAUCAAUUUUUGGUUUAUGAAAUUUUACUCACUUUUACCGACUGUUGAUAGCCACUGGCUUUCGCAAAAUAAAUUUUCCGGUUUUCUUAAAACGGAUUCGAUAAAAUUGAAAAUAUCCACUACGAUCCACACUUAAAAACUGAACUCUGACUCGUUUACGAUCAGGCUUAAGAAAUAGUGAUCUCCAUCGACAUUCUCCAUGAACAUUACACUUUCACAUCAUUAGCAGUUAUUGAGAAUUUACGAAAUGAUCGAGUGAUCAGUGUCGACCUUAAAACGUUUUUGAGCCAAAAUAAUAAUAGGUAUCCAUUUGAAGAUGAUACAAAGGAACCCAAAUAGACUUACCAAGUUUCGGCCGAUGUUUAGAAAAUUGAAAAGGACUGGAGAGCAUCACCGUUCAGGCUAAAUCCAGUCAGCGACCCUUAAUAAAAAUCAUUUAAGCUUACAUAAUCAACAACGGCGUGAAUGCCCGAGUUUCUGACUUGACGGUCAUCUGCCACAGUCAGGAAAUCGUACGAUAUUGCUUCUCGAAUGAAUCCCUCAUUUUAAUUUCCCCAAUUCAUUAAUCCACGACCAAGUACCUUUUCGAGAUCUUCUCCGCACGACGAAACGCUUUCUCUGACUUCUCUCACCGCUUCCCGCUAUAUUUUCUAGUAGCUGCAAUUUAGUCCUUCUUUGAUCGCUUUAAACCCACUUUCGUCUGCAUUUCAUCGGCGCAAGUUAAAGGCUCGUGCUAAGGUUGAAACCACAACAGCAUGAUCUUUCCUCUUUGAAAAACCAAACCUUGAUGGGUUGACUCGAGCACCAGUACUAUCUGUACUAUCGACCAAAUCAUAAAUAGCUAUAAAUAAUCGGCAUUGCCACUUCCAAACAUCAUCUCUACAUAAAAAGCAUAAAAUUUUGACUUGCCAUGAAUUAUGUUCAUUGGUAAAACCAUUUGGUCACUGAUACUGCGUACGAGAUUACCUUUGUUUGGCAAGCGAGGGUCCAAAGACUGAAGAUGCUUUUCCCGACGAACGCGCCACUUUCAUGCCGGCUUUGAAUUUCGCGCGAGAUCGCAUUGUGAUACAAAAUAAUAGUAUCUGUCUUUCGUCUCAGCUCGUCUUCCAUCAGUGACGCAAAGUACACAAGUCAUGACAGAUUAGUGGCUAUUAAUUGAAUCCUAAUUAGGUUUUUACAAGGACACCGGAAAUUGAAACUUCCUCCCUGUGGUGAAUUUCAAAGUCGUAUGAAUCUCGUCAUGAUAUAUAUAAAGUUGUGAAUUGCGUGUUGAAGCAAGAGGUUUCAAAUUACACGUGACAUGUGCAAAUUUUUCCUUGCAUGUUAGCAUUUUCUACUCACUAUAAAUAGGCACACUCAGAGAUUUCUUAUUUCCUUUUUUAGCUUUAACUUUGCUUUCUAAUUUUCUUAGACAUUUUGUAGUUUUCUUUUUAAGUGGCUUGCAAAAAUAAAUUACAGUUUUCGAAAAAGAUUCACGGCUGCUAUGAUAAACUUCAAGAUCAUAUUAAUUUUUCAAAUAAAGUCCUUCAGUGUGACGUCUUUAAAAGUUAAAUUUUUAAAAUUAUGGGAUUUUUCAGGGUAUUAUGAAAGAACAACAUCCCAAAGGCCUACUUGCCAAAAAUUAGCCUUCCAGGGCAAAUUGUCCUUGAGAUAUUAGUCCAGUUAUGCUUUGAGAUGACUCCAUACAAGUCCUUCUAAUUUUGACCCAGUUCAUAACAUUUGGAACCAAGUCAAAUUUAGAAGGAUUUGUAUGGAGUGAUCAGAGCAAAGUGGUACUAGUAUCUCGAGACAAUUUGCCCACAGUGCUAAAUUUGGGCAAGUAGGCCAAGAAGAAGAAGAAAAGAAACCCUUUUGAGUGGUGAAUAUUCAAAAAUGCAAGUUUCUCGAAACUCAAAGAAAGUGAGUUUUGAGAUGUGAGAAUCGAGUCUCAAGUCAAGAGUUCCAACUUACUUUUGAGCGGAAGUGUAUAAUUAGCUAGACUACGAAACGUCAAAUCUGUCAUAUGACUUUUUUUCAAAGGAGGAGGAAGAACGUGAGGAGAUAACACCAGAACUUGUUGCAAGGCUUGUCACCAGACCAGAAGACCUUCCCCAGAAUGUCGCUGCAAGCAUAAAGAAGUUUCGCGAUAUGAUGCUGAGGACCUUAGAGGUAUUUCCAUGUUGUAUAGUGUGUAUAUACAUGACAUGUCAUUUACAAUGAAUGCCAUGGAUGUUCUUUCUCGUUAACAUGAUAUAGAGAUUGAACUGUUGCACAGGGAAGUCAAGAUUUUCAUGCAUGCACAGGGCCGUCACAUCUAAAGUGCACUUACAUGUACAUUUAACAUUUCUGAGAUCUCUUCCACCCAUCACCACAGUAGCUUAUUAUUUUUUGAAAAACACUAAAUUUUUGUAGGUUACAUGUUUUUUUUGUAGAUGUUACUGCAUGAACAAACUUUAUGUUUAUUUUUAGCUUAAAUUGUUCAUCUUCUAUAACUGUAGGACUACAUGGCUGAUCAUGAUCAACAACGGCUAAUAGAGCUUGAUGCGAAUGAGAGUCCAAAAGUAGUUUUUAAAGUGAGUUAUCUUUUACUUCCUUCUUUUUGCCAUACGGUAUUUGCAGUUUUUAUUAUGGAAGGUCUCAAUGCAUUUUAAAUUGUUUUGGUUUGUGUUUAAUGUCUUCGUUAGUUACAAAAAAUUUUAAAAACUUCUAACUACUUCUCCCCUAACGCAAUCUUAUUUCUCACGUAGGUCAAAAUAUUGGGCUAGGGGAGGGGUAGGUGCUGAUCCAAUAUGUGCACUAGCCACAAGUUAGUCUAAGGUACCAUAUCAACUCAGUGAACCCACAGUACAAAUUACAUUGUUCCAUUAUCAAAGUUUGAAACAAUUUUCUUUUAUUAUAGUCCUUGAUGAUGAAACUAAACACUUUCAAGUUGAACCACGCCCUUGUCCCUUUACGUCUCCAAGGAGGAGAGGAGGGUGAGGAGAUAUCUGAUGACACUGAGACUGAUGACCUUCUUCGAACACUAGCAGCAACAGAAAUGGUGGCACCCAAGUUCCGCUGGCGACGCAGCAAAUGGGGCCGUGCAUGCCCAGUGGCACUGAGGGAGGGAAAUAUUAUGCAAGGAAAUGCACAGUUUUCUGUCAGGUAGAUGAAUACAACAACAUAAUAAAUAUAAAAAACUGUACCUGUCCAACAAAUGAACUCUGGGAUCUAAUCUUAUGGAGUAGUUACAUGUAGUUUUGGAGCAUUGGGGAGGGGUUGGGGGUUUUAUGUUGUAAUGAAAAAUGGAUAACUGUUGUUGAAAUACUCCAUGACUUUCCAAACUCACCAAAAGGUUAACAAAAACAAACAACAAAAAAGUUCAAUGGCUUGAUAAUUAUGAAGUCAAUUUUUAAUGGAGAAAAAAGAAGAUGAAAGGAAGGUGUACAGCUGGUUUGCUUCUAUUUUACAGAAUCAAGUAUUUGGAUUCAAGAAUUGGAAUCUGGAUUUUAAGUAAUGUUAUCCUACAUACUGGUAUUUCAACAUUUAAUUGAUAUUAAAUCUGUCUAAUUUCCAGUUUCUUGGACAAGCUUUAUGUGAUGUCAUCAAAUGAGGCCCUGGCACACUUCAUGCGAAAUCCUCGCCCCUAUCUAGCCCCUCAUUUGCCCCGCCCACCCUGUAAAGUGUGUGUUUUGGGUCCACCACACUCUGGGAAGACAAUAGUGGCUCAUGCACUGGCAGAGAGAUACAAUGCAAAGGUAAUAUAAGUUUGAAUUUGUACCAUCCGUAGUUACAUGUACAGUGCACUGUAAAUAUAAAUUAAUUUAUGAUUUCAUCUAAAGUUAAAGGAUUAUUAUGUGCAUAUCACAAUUGAUUUUAUGAACCUGCAGAAUUUUGAUGAGUUGAAUAAGUCAUUUACAUGUAGCACAGUUUGUUAACAAAAAGAAGCAUUGGAGUUAACUGCAUAAUCAAGGCAAGAAUUGACCUUCACAACACUUGCACUUUUAGGAAUAAACUGGGUUUUUUUUAUUUAAAUUUAUUCACAAAACUGUUAUAAAGUGACAAGUUUUGACUUGUGGUUUCCCACUUUUGCAGAUCUUAGAUAUUGAUGAGUUAAUCAAGCCUCGGAGAGAAGCAGCCAAGAAGAAAAUGUUGGAUGAGAUACGAGAUGAGACAGUUGAAUCAGCCAUCUCCAAAAUAACUGCAGCAAAGCAAAGUCAGCAGUUUGAAGCCACAGAGGAAGAAGAGAGUGAGUUAUUUUUCAACUGUUUUGUUACUGGUCUCCUUUGCAGCUGUUUUUGUUUAGUCACUUAAUUAACGCUCCUUCUCAAGAAGCUUGAGGAGGAGUGUGCAUGAUGAUCAAGACAAAAAUGGCUGCGUGUGCCGACUACUGUUUUUCCUUCACACAUCCUUUUCCCUGAUUUAAUCAAGGAAAUAGAUUUUUAUUAGGCUGUAUUUUGAUGCAAGACAAAGGUUAGUGUAGUCAGUUUAAUAGGCCAUUUCUAGUUUCUGAGGUUGAGGUUAGGCUGGACAGUUUCGUACAAAUCACUGUAUUUUGACACCCCAUUGUCUAGAGUUUGUGGCUUUGUUUACGGUAAUGUGAAGAUGGUCUAUUGUGGCGUAUACCAUUUAAAAUACUGAUGAAUUGGACAAUACUCCUUUUAAAGUUUAAGGCUGUUUUUUUCGUGGUAGAUAUCAUGGAUAGCUUAUUGCUCCAGCUAAGCUUUUGUGUACUCUUUCAUAGAACCUGAGCCACCUCAAACACAGGUUGAUGAAGAUAAUUCAGAGAAGAAAGACGGCGAUGCGGACGAAGAAGCUGAAGGUGAGAAACAAACAGAAGAAGGUGACGAGGAAAGUGUUGAUGAAAAACCACAGAAAAUUGUCCCAGAAGAGCUUCCUAUUGAUGCUAAUCAUCCUGAAGUGCUUCAGAUUGUGAAUGAAGUCUUGGCUGAAGCUGACAAGAGAGAGCCUGAACUCUCUCCAGAUGAGUACACAGAUGUGAUUGAAGAGGCAAUUCAAAAGAUUUAUGCUGAGCUGCAAGAAAUGAACCCAGACGGGCCACAGUAAGUGCAAAACAGGGGUGGCCAGCUUUUUGACUUGUUGUAGGCCUGGCUAACUUUUACUUCCACAUAUCCGGAAAGAUGCUUGUUUGUAAAUUUUAUAUUGAUUGCACGCAUGGUUAGUAUGCACUGACCUCACCAACACUUUAAGCUCUUAAGCUUUUUAGCCCGGGGCCUACUGGUCAAUGGGCUCGCUAUGCCCCUGCGAAAGUCAGUAGUUGUUAUUCCACAUUGCUGUCAUUAAGGGCUGUGACAAGUGACACCUGUUAUGGCUGUGUUCACUUGAUGUUACUGGUGAUCAAUCAAAGUGGAAAGCUUGAGGUUACACUAUACAUUUUUCUGGUGAAUCGUACCAUUCUGCAUCAACUGUUAUAUACCUUCACAUCCCCCACGAUACACUUUGGUUGCCUCCCACACCAAGCUUCGUACAAACUUUUCUUUUAAAAUGCUCCAGAUAGGGCUACUUGGUGUCUAGAGGUUGUUUUUAAACAACCUUAACAACAAAACCUUUAUUUCCUUCACAUAUAUGUAUACUAUAGUGCUUUGUCACAAAGAAACGUGAAUGCCCAUUCAAGGCGGGUCAGCCACAUAGAUAAAAUAUAAAAAACGAUUUAAAAACAACUAAAACAAAUUUGCAAAGAGUGUUAAAUCGGGGAUUUGGAAAAAAUCAAUUUACCUUAUAUUAUCUCCAUCUUUCUUUUAAAAAAGAAAAAUAUUUACAAGAGGCGUGAGAAAAUCUAGUAAUUUAUCUGGAGGUGUGCCAUUGGGAUCCUCAACUUCUUUCACAACUGCUCGACUGUGGCCCGAGCACGUUCACUGUAAUUGCGCUGCCUUAUUCAAAAGUAGGUAAAGUAAUGUACAGUGCCCCCUCCCCCCAGGGCACGCCCUAGGGCACAGAUUCGAUUAAAACAACUAACGUAUUACAAAUUAAAGUCUUGCCAUAUGCCCCUCCCAUCAGAAAAUCUGAAGAAAAAUUGAGUUUGGUCGCAGUCUACUUGAUUGUCUAUACCAGAACGAUAUCUAUCCGUCAAUGAAAUCAUCCAUUUCGUUGGCAUAAGUGGUUUUUAUGAUUUGCUUUCUCCCCAGUGCUGGCGGUUAUGUGUUGGAUAACUUUCCCAGAACACGCGAGCAGUUUACGUCUAUGAUUGAAAGGAAUAUUAUCCCUGAUGAAGUGAUUUGUCUGAAAGAUGACAGUGAGAAUGGUGAAUUUUUACUGAAAAGAUGGUAUCAGACGAACAAAGAAGGUGAGAACAAUGUAGAGUGUUGAAGUCUUUGUUACCUUGUUGUCGACAUAGUAGCCUUAAAUGCUGAAUUUCUUGCUUCUUGUUGGCCUGUGUAGCAGGCGCUUGGAAAUAGUGGGCGCAAGAAAGAACGGGGCGCGCGAGGGAGACACGCGUGUCUCUCGCGCGAGCCCGUUUUUUCCUGCACACAUUACUUCCAAGCGCCUGCUACGCAGGUUAGCUUCUUGGUGUUGCGCAAACUAUUGUUGAUUCCAAACUCCAAAAAAAGAGAAAGUUUUUAAGUCCUCAAGGGCUGUUAAGACACCUAAUGUCCUAGAUAGUUGAUAGAUGAUUGAUGUCAGAUAUCCAAAUCACCGUCAAGGCAGUACGCUUUAUUUUCCGGAGUGUUUUUUGCUACGCUGUAUUGUUGGUUUUAUACGUAAGAAGCAGAUAAAUUAACUUGUCAACGUGUCGUUUAAGAUGCUGGACUACAAAACAGUUCAUAGUUGCGCAGGUCUAGAACGCGUAUCGGUAUGCAGUCAAACAAAAGAUCUGGACUGAGGGUGAAAAGCUGAGAGUGAGACUGAAACACGGACUGUCCACUUUGCAUAAGUUAAAUUCGUUCGGGAUUUUCUCUCCCCUCAGACUUAUGCGCUUUGUACCUGCGAGACCCUAACCCCGAAAAAAACCGAUUUUGUAAAAAACCCGACUGUGUUGCUGUCUAACGAAAUAUCUGAUAUUUCCCCCUCAGAGCUUCACAAGAAGUGGGAGACCAGACGUGCAGAGAAGAGGGCUCGCCAGGAAGCAGCACGAGCAGAGAGGGAGAGGAGAGAAAAAGAAGAAGCUGAAAGAAGGGCUGCAGAGGAAGCUCUGAGAAAGGCGGAGGAAGAAAGACUCCGACAGGAACAGGCAGAAGCGGCUGGUGAGGGAGAAGGGGAGGGAGCUGAAGAUAAGGAAGAGGGUAAGGAGGCUGAGGAAGAGAAGGAGGGUCAGGAGCAGGCGAAAGAAGAGGAAGAAGAAGAGGAGGCAGCUACUGGACCUAAGGCUUCUGACUCUACCGAGCUUCAACCGUCGGCUGAAGACUUGUCACUUGAAGCAGCACCGGAAGAAGAGGAGUUUCCCCUGGAUUCAGACAUGCCACCUAAUUUACCCGAGACUGAGGAGUUCAAGAAUGUCAGAACAAACUAUGAUCGAGACUUUCCUCAGCUGCUUUCUGUGCUAAAAGGCACUAGUAACCCUGAUCUUAUCUCGGUGUCAGUUGAACAGGAAGUAGAUGCUCUAAACAAGCAGAUUAUAAGAAGAGUUGAAGGUAUGCACAGAGGUUUCCUGGUUUUUUACUUUACCUUACUUGCAUUAUGUUGUUAUAUGUAAAGAUGGGUGAGGCUAAUGGAAGACUAUCGGUUAACUGUGGAAAGCAAACAAGUGCUCAGAGCCUUCGUCGUGUAUUCCCUGUUUAAGGCGUUAGUCAAUGACGAAGCAUGCUUUGCACGUUUAGACUUAAAUACUUGAUGAACAGCACAGGCAAUAAGCUUUGAUGGCAGAUUUUCUUAACAAGCAAGUUCGUGGAGGUCGCAAAUCUAUACUUGGGAAGCGUUCUCUCUGAAGGAAAGGAAAGCUAAAUGGCUCUUAGGUCUUCACCAUUCACUUAUGAAACUAUCCUACGCUUUUGCUUCAGCGCCGUUUAACUACCGUGGCUGGGAAUACACAGGAAUGGACCAAGACGAAGAAGAAGAAGAUUUCGCCGAAGAAGAGGAAGAAGAAGAGGAGGAGGAGGAAGACAUUUACAACAAGGACAAGAAAAAAAUAUUUGGCGAGACCAAUCACUACUGCCCUGUCAUGCUUAAGGAAAGAAAUGUUUUGUGGCCUGGUAUUGCUGAAUGCGCCUCCAAGUACCGUGAAAGAACGUACUUUUUCUCCUCGCCUGAAACUAGGGCUACGUUUUUAGACGAUCCAGAGAGUUUCCUACCCAAAGACAAACCUCUCGAGGUGAGGAACAGUAGUUGAUAUUUAGGUCCCUGUUUUACUUGUAAAAAAGUAAUGUUUUCUUAUCGUUCCAAAGAAGUUGGCGGACCACAAACCCAAACCAAAACAAUAAGUAAAUUAAACGAAAAAAAAAACCUCAACAAGAUUUAUUGUUAGAGUAUAUUCACACCAGUUUGUUAACGUUUAGUAGCUCGAACCCACGGGACCUAUCAUGCUAAAAUAACCAGAGACUGAAAAAGCACAAAAGAAAUAGUAGGUCUGCCAAGUUUGAGGUUUUUGAUCCUUAACACUGCGAUUUUAUGUUGGUUUGAAUGACAGAGAAAAUAGUAUAUGUAGCAAUGGAAAAAUUCGCCAGACCUCUAGCCCCUUCCUUUCGGUCCAGCAUUUUUCCCAACAUAUACAUUCCAGCACCCCUAAAAUAUAAGUCCUUUGGUUUGAUCACCUCUCACCUCAUAAAUGGAUUUUUAGCUUAUUUUCUAAUGCUCAACUGUCUGAACUUACUUACUCGUAUGACAACGACAAAACUUUUUAGAAUAAAAUAAUCUGUUGCAGGUUUGUCUGGUUGUUCUUUUGAUCAACCGUUGUGGAAUUAUUUGACUUUAACUUAAUGUAUUUUGACCUUUAGCCUCCUCCAGUCCGUCUUCUUGUCAUUGGUCCUAAAGGAGCUGGAAAAACUCUUCACGGCCGCCAACUGGCCAAGCAGAUGGGCGUGUUUCACAUUUCAUUCAAAGAUCGUCUGCAGGAACUAAUCAUUGCUAAGACCAAGAAGAGGAUUGGGCCCGAGUAUGAUGAUGACGACGAAGAGGAAACAGGGGAACAGGCCAUCACGGCACCUGAUGGAAUGGAAGGACCUGGUAAGCAGUCAAUGAUCUUUAGUUUACCGUGAUGAUUCGAUUUCAUUACCUUGUGUUAAAUAUAAUUAUUAUAACUGUUUUUCUUAUAAUAUUUGCUGUUCCGUAAUUGUAAGGGCCAGUUUUUUUAAUGAAUUUGAACUUACACUACAGUUUACGGCAGCCAGUGGAUCUGUUUAUAUUUGCGGGGUUAUUCUAUUUCAUCGAAUAAGCGCCCAUGUGCUUAAAAAUUGGCUUAAGAGUAGGCGUAAUCGUAUCAUCAACCGACACAAAAUGCUCAUUGAUAAAAGCAAUCCACCGAAAGCGCGGAAACUGCUAUUUUCUUUACUUUCUAAUGUAUUGUUUAUUUGGACUCAUCAUGUAGAAUCAGAAGGUGCUCCGAAAGCCGAAGACGGCGAGGGAGCAGCGGAAGGCGAGGAGGGAUCUGGAGCCGAAGGAGAAGCGGAACCGGAACUUACAGAUGAAGAAGAGAGUAUCCGCGCCAAUUUAGCUGACGGUGAAGCACUUCCCAACGAAACUUUGGACAAGAUUCUUCCUGCAUUUUGGAACGAAGAGCCAUUUCGGUAAGACAAAAUUCUACGACAAAUGUCCUGUGCUCUUUGGCUGCUGGAAACUGUAGGCUAAAUCUUAGACACGUCAUAUCACCUAAUCCAAUACAGUUUUUAAACCUGCUGUACUAAGGCCAUCCCAAUAAAAUGUUUCGUUUCCCAUCGCCCUCCCUCUCGUGAAGGUGGGUCGGUCGGUCGGGCAAAAAAAAAAAAGAAAAGAAUGAGCACAUGAUUGCAUAUUAAAUCUCACGUUCAGUCUGCAAGAUAUAAUCAGAUGGUAAAAGAUGUAUAUUAACAGGACUAUCAAAUGUCUAAAAAGGCUACAAAAACGAAGUAUCGAUGAUAACUUAAGACAAUUCGUGUUAAUAAGACAAGAUCGUGUGCUUGUAAAUUAAAGUACUUGCUUCUUUACGAGUGAUUCUGGAAUUUUUUUUUUUUUUUACUUUUCCAAAAAAAUGGGUCGGUCGGGCGAUAGGAAACAAAGCAUUAAAUUGGGAUGGCCUAAGCAUUGCACAGUGUUCACAUUCCGACGUCCCAGAGAUCGUUUCCCUUACUGUGUAUAAAGCGCACCUCUAUUAAGCGGCGACAGUCGCUGUUUCCAACGUCACAAAGAGUUAUUUUAAGAGGCGCUACACAACUACACUAAGGUCAUUUUUGUAUGGCUUGAAAUAGUUGGUAAUUUCUCAACUUCCUAAGUUUUUUUAUGCAUCUCUCUGCCUGUCAUCGAUUUCUUCUUCUGGUGUACUUUUGGCCUGGUCAAACCUGUAUUGAGCGGUCAGCUGACAAUUCCUAAAAUUUGACCGCUUAUUUUGAAAUAUCAUUUCCUACAAGGUCUACUGGAUUCAUCCUGGAGGGCUUCCCUCGUACUGAAGCCGAGGCUCGUUACCUGUCCACUUCCGGUCUGUUUCCUGAUCUUGCUGUCAUCCUGGUGGUUGAAGAUACAGAAAUCGCGGAUCGACUUUUGCCUCCGAUGCUCGAAAAGUGGCGCAAAAAGCGAGAUAAGAGAGAGGCCGAAAAAGAAAGGCAACGAGCAUUAGCUAAAAAACAAAAGGUGAGAGAAAAACCUUAGAAUUUUCCUAACCUUGCCGCGCCGAAAAAAAAAUACAGCUUUUUUGUUUAGGAAAAAUGUCUUUUUGCACGAUUGAGUGUAUGUUAAGAGUGUUCCACAAUACCAACUGAAAACUCCGAGGCAGUCAAUAGGGUAGUACAAAGAAAUUUUUCCCUUCAUAAACUCUUACGAGUAUACAUCUGUGCAUCUAUACAUCUAUUUACAUCUAUGGUUUAACUAGAAAUGUCUGUAAACGGCUUUGUAUUUGCAACGAGUUCUGACUGGUCUUGUCUGCCAAUUUUCGGUUGGAAUCGAGCAGUGUGAUAACCUCGGCUUAGUUUUACGAUACUUAAGCAAACCCGUUUUUAUUUAAUAACUAAAACGCGGACUUACAUUUUCUUUACCUUGUUUUCCGCCAACAGGAUGAAGACCGAGCGCGUAGACGAGAAGAAAAGUUGGCAGAGAUUGAAGCAAAAAAAGCCGAGAAAAUGGUAAGACCAAACGAAUUCAAGUACGUCAUAAUCGUAAGGACUUGUUUUCGGAUUCGACUGUGCGUGCUUGUUUGGCCUCGUGCAAAUUCGUGUCAAGUAGUAGUGCGUCAUAAUCGCAAGGACUUGUUUUCGGAUUCGAAUGUGCGUGCUUGUUUGGCCUCGUGCAAAUUUCUGUCAAGUAGUAGUGCGUCAUAAUCGUAAGGACUUGUUUUCGGAUUCGAAUGUGCGCGCUUCGUUGAUUUCUUGCAACUUGGUUUCACGUACUUAGUAGUGCGUCAUAAUAGUAACGACGAUUAUUUUUGCAUUAGAAUGUGCGCGCUUUUUUGACCUUCUGCAUGCACUUGGAGGCUCGAAAACUAUAGUUUGUGUACAUUGUUGACAUUGAAUAGAUACAUUUUGUUUGUUUUGAACUAGCCUUUAAACCACAAGGAACCCGAACGCUGUGAAAGCUAUAUCAGAUUUAGAUGUUAUUUUAAUACCUGUUCCUGAGUCUUAAGUCGUCUUUGAAGGGAUUUAAAUCAGAUCGAAGACGGUUUACCCUGCCGAUUUCAAAUAUUAAAUCUUGUUUGGCGCGUAGUGAAUUGGACACGACAGUUUAAUUGAAACCCAAAGGAAGACUGUUUCCAAAACUUGAGUCGUAACUGUCCCUUGGCCGACAAGACUAAACAUUUGAAACCGUCUUCGAUCUGAUUCAAAUCCCGUUCCAAACUCAGGAACACAGGUAUUAAAAUAACAACUGAAUAUGAUAUAGCUUUCACAGCGUUUGGGUUCCCCUUGUGGUUUAACUAGAAGAUUAUGGAUUGUGUCGAUAAAGGCAAACAACAAGCAGAAUAAAUAGCGGGAAAAUCGUCGCCGUUUGCCACAGACGCAGCGCUUUAACUCUGUAUUGCGUUACUUUGACGUCAGGCUCGCAGAGCGCAGAGAGACAGCGACGACAGUGAAGAAGAGGAGGAAGACGACGAAGAAGAAGACAUUGAAGCAUUGCUGGACGCCGAGGAAGAAGAUGAGGAAGAAGUUGAGGAGGAAGAGGAAGAAAGCGAAGAGGACGCCAUUGAGAGACUUAAGACUGAAAUUGGAGAUCGAUAUGAUGAAGAGACGGGCAAACUGGCCAUUGUACAGGUAAGUCUAAAAUCAAAAUUCAAAUUCUCAUUUGUUGUCGCUAUACAUCAUCUUCUAUAGAAGUACAUAUGUGGCGGUGAGAAGUUAUUGAAGUAUCAGGUAGAUUCAUCUCCUGUGAUGAUGUCUUCAAUUCUCAUAACCACUUUGUUUUAUAAAGCACUGAUCUUACAAGGAGAAAUUUCCUGCUGAACAUUCUAAGGGCUUAAAGGGUUAAACUGUAUCUGGACAAGAGCUGUCAAAAGCUGAGGGGAAAGGCCAGUGUAGGUUUCCGUUAACUGUUCAUUUAUGUAUGAGAUGUGAUUGGUACGAGUGUGUUAUUUAUGAAGCAAAGACACUGCUAAAGCUUCUGAACGCAUCUAGGCCGUUACGAUUGGCCUAGAAAGAAAGAGAGGCAUUCUAUUUUAGGUGUUCCAUCAGCUGUUUAUAUUCUGUGAGAGAUGUCAGCGUGCAUUUAGAAUCAUCCUCAUGCAAGAGUAUUGAGAUUCGUUUGUAUUGACAGAAAAAUGGGUAAACUAAACAAUCUGUUGAAGAAAAUGAGCUUUCCACGGGGACAAAGACGAAUCAGCGGAACUUGAGAUCUCCUCUCCCCAAAUUUAAGUUGUUUUGGUUUAUAAAGUAACCCUGGGUAGGCUGGGUGGGGCCCGUUCCUAUAUCUAGUUUGAUUAAGGGGAGGGGGAAGGAAAAAGAAACGUCUGUGAAAUUGUUCAGGCAAAAGCAUUGCUGAAGGUAUUUUGCAUUCAGUUUGCCAUUUUGUCGGGUACGUUUGUCCUAGAUUGUAGGAUGAGAUGUUUUCCUAGUCAAUUCGACGAAAACACGAUUGCGUUGAAGUUUUAUACAAACGAAGACCUUGAAUGAAGAUUUUCUUUCAUCUUACAGGAAACACUUGAAGAACUUUCCAUUCCUCGAGUGGAUAUAAAUGGAGGACGCAAGCCGCGAAUUGUUGAGUACUGUAUUAAGAAGGUGCUGAAACCGGUUGUAGAUUUCAGGGAAAGCCUGUUUGACCGCUGCUUUGCUAUUGAUGGUUAUCUUGCCAACAGGAUGAUUAUUAUGGGAUACAAGUUUCCAAGUCGCUUUGGAAGGUGGUGUCCUGUCAAGGUAUUACGCCCAUUACUUUGUUUAAAACAGGUCUCAAAAAAGCUAGCUCUUUCAGCUUUCCAGUGAGAACUUUGAGUCUUCUUUCCCGUAUUUCCAUUAGUAACUGAAGGUUCCUGUUUCAAAAAACACAACCCAAUAUAUGACGACACUAUGGACUUGCCCGGAGAGGCAAGUUCAGAAAACAAUAAAGGGCCUAAGAGGGCUAACCAUAUGCAGGGGUGCACCCCCCCCCCCCCCGAGAUGACCUGCGGUUUUCUAAUACAACUGGUAUUCUGCAAAAAAAAAAACUAUGUGGUUUCUUGGUGUUGAAGUAGAGCAAGAGACGAGUGCACCCCCUCCUAAAAAAAAUCCUGGAUCCGCCCCUGUAAAUUAGGACAAGAACAAAUAACUGGAAAAAAAAAACGGAGCACGUAAGAAUCCCAGCUGACCGAAGGCAAACCAGUUGCACUUGUUACAAGCAAGGCCGAGGAGUUAAACUCGGGACUAUCGAGAAAAAAUUCAAUUAGCUGUUCGGGACUCAAAAUCAGAGCCUCCAGACUUGCAAAUCCAUUGCUCUAACUGCUCGACCACGCUUUCUCUUCCUGCCUCUCUUAGUUCUGCUGGGUUGAACCCAUUUACUUUUCAAACCGGAACAGAAGGUCCAAUAUAAAAAUUUUCAGCUAACGGCAGGACACCCACUCAUAGCCAAGUGGUCCUAAACAACACUAACCUGUUCCACUUUCUUCUUAGCUCCUCGACGGAGAAGUUCUCCCUCCUCAGCAAGGUCCCGGAGCUUAUACUUUUCCAGUAGUGUAUCGGCAGCACGUUUACUUCUGCUCGGGACGGGAUGAACGGGACUCGUUCAUGCAGUGCCCGUCCCGCUUCUUGAAACAGCCCUCGCCAAAGCCUGUAGUGCCUAUAAAGAUGGCGAUAAUUGGACCUCCCAAGUCUGGAAAAACCGGACGUAAGUAUUAAAAAAAUACGUGAACUCUUUUUUUUUUUAUCUCGGCUUUUUCGAUAAAUCAUGUGCCUGUUACUGUAUUGGUGAGGGAGUCAACCCUUGGGAAACCCGUGGAUUAUUCUUUAGUAAAUCCUCUUUCCCCUUCCCACAUCUUAGCCUGCCGUUCAACCAACCCAAGCACUCGUCUAGACCCUCGUCUAGACGCAGGCAACCCACAUCUUUGAUCUCAGAGCUUUCGCUCCCCUGUAUCUUAACCACAAACGAAAAACUCACCAAACAACCAGCCAAAUAACUACCUACUAGGCAGGCGAGAACUGAAUUGCUCGGAAAGCAGAAAAAAAUACCGAUAGAAGGUGCAGGUUGUAUAUUUCAACGCCUUGAUAAAUUUGCAAGAUCAAGAAGUUAUUACUAGUAUCUACUAAUACAAAUAAUGUUUCAGCGAAAAUAUAUCGGGCAGUGAGUUCGGGUCGGACUCGAAGAGCCGAUCUCUGUCAAGUGAGCGAGUGAGACAUUUGCAUAUCGAAACUCAUCACAAAAAGCCUUUGGAUGCCCUUCGGGUAUCCACGGGUGAAAAACGGAAUGCUAUUGUGUCCGGCAAAUCCAAGUGUCUUGCUACAAAAAGUGUUCAUAGUUUGUUCAUUCUAAGGGGCAUGUAGUAAGGCUACAGGGAAUUUAAUUACCUAUUAAGGAGCAAAGUCUCGAAAUUCAUAAAAAUUCAAACAGUGGGUGCUGCCACCAAAUUGAGUGACACUUGGUAAUAACCGCCCAAAACGUAUCACCGCAAAUGCAAAGGAAGGCAAGGAUGGACAAACGUGAAGAAGAUUGAAACGAAUUGCAGUUGUGGUUUUUGAAUAUUCAUAACAAUUUCUUAAAGGUUUGUUUUGUUGUUUGUAACGUUUGAAAUAUCGCCUGGGAGGUAUAUUUGUUUUACGCAAAGCUGUGAUUUUGUCAUUCACUAGUGAUUUCUCGAUGUUCAUAGCGAAUAAGGACGAGCAAUUGAUAUUAUAACCAAAAUGAACUCGCCAGCUGUGACACAGCUCCUAUUUUCUCCACGUUGUCAACAUGAUUUUUCCCAAUAAACUUUGUCUUUUUGCAGUGGCAAAUCGUUUUGUGGCAGAGUAUGGGGUUGUCAGACUAUCCAUCGGUGAGGCGAUAAGAAAAGUCCUUAAUUUCCAGUCUUAUACGGAAUUAGCGCGACAAAUCAACUUACAUUUGAAAGCUGGUACAACUGUACCCGAUGAAUUGGCUGUUCAAGCCUUGGAAGUGGCGCUACUGGACAUGCAGUGUCAGACACGAGGGUAAGGGCAUGUAGCACUUGCUGUGAUUGGCUGGCUAAGUUUGGUAUUAUAUAAAACGUCCAGCGAUUAGAUAUUCCAUAUUUGAAGUCUUAUAUCCGCCUUAAUGACUGGUUAUCAGCUAAAAGCUGGUACGUGCGUGUUUGAUGUAGACAGACUUGCCAAUCACGCCCGCAGUUAAAUUUAGUUCAAUAAGGUGUUUUUGUAAACCACUUUUCCCGCUUAACCCUCCCCCAAUCCCUCCAUGCAAUGUUGUACCGUUGUACGAGUAACCUGUAGAAAAACACCCCAACUUUGAAUGGAGAAGAGGGGGGAGGGGUGUGGAUUGUUUUUCUCCGAAGUUACCCCAUAUGAGGACAAUGUCUAAACAAAUUUGUCGCUGAUUGUAGGUCCAGAGUGAGAAGUCCGGAUGCAAGCAGCCUAAUAUCGUUGGGCUAAUUCAAUUUUGACUUCCUCUGGCCAAAAAAAAAAACAAACAGGGAAAUUUUAAGAAUUUGUGUGUAUACUUCACCAUUCAGCCUUCGGCCUCAUGGGCUAUUGACUUAGAGGCCAUUCGGGCUCGAGGAAUAAUUGGUUUAGUAAAUCCAACUAGCUGGUCAAAAAUAUCGAGACAUAACAACUUUAGCUGGUAAAAGCUAGACUUUAAUCCCUUUUUGCCGCCAAAAAGCCGGCGCUUUAGCUACUAGUGGGCUAUAACAUAUAGCCUAGUGGUAGUUCAACCAAUCAGAACGCAGCUUUGAUAAUAGACCACUAGUUGGAUUUUACUAAUUUCUAUGAUUCUAACAUUCGUUUUAUUUCGUUAUUAGCUAUAUACUUGAUGGCUAUCCAGUAACCAAAAGGCAAGUGGAGCUGAUGACUGAGCGAAAGAUCAUUCCUGUCAGAGUCCUGGAACUUCAAGUAGAAGACGAUGAAGUGCUAAGGCGGGGAACCGCUGACCGACACGCUCCUACAAGGUAAAAAAAAUAGUCCCAUAAACACGUGCGUCCGCGUCUUGGACGAUCAAGGCAGCUUAAACAACGACGACGGCAACGGCAGCUAAAGCGUCACCCAAAAAGUGAAUAGUCCAGUUUCUAAGACAUCGCGGCCGCUGAAUGGAAGCACUGAGGGCUCAUUUAUACAGGGUUAACCUCGAUCUAAGGUAAAUAUAUUCACAAAUUCCAGUGAGAGGAAGACCUGUGUACAACUGUGUCUUUUGUUUUGAACACAAAUUCAGGCACCUUCUCGCCCGUAUUUGCGAAUAUGUUUCUUAAGGUCGAGGCUAACCCUGUAUGAAUGAGGCUUAAGUGUUUCUGUUCAGUGGCCACGAAGAGUUCGAAACUGGACUAUUCGCGCUGUUUAAAACUUCAUCGCUCUUUUUCCAGCUCUUUUUAAUUUGUCAAAUGUUUUCAUGACUUGAAUUCUGAUGGACUGUAUCUACGUUCACAAAAAUAGGAAAAUCGUUGUCUUGUGUUCCUGUCCACCAAGAAAACGUAAAAUCAGGAAGUUUCACGUCGUAGUCGAGCAGCGACGGCGAAGAAAUGUACAAAAAAGCGUGGUGCACGUGCAAAGUUGUUGUUUUGCCAAUUCAAAGCUAUGCCGUCAACGUCGUCAUUGCUUAAGGUUCCUAAUAUCUUAAACAGGUUAGGGAUAUGUAGUCUUUUGAAAAUCGUGUGAGGUGUCAAUGAAAUUCAAUUACUUUUGAAUCCCAGAGUUCUUCCCUUGCACGACAGUCAGCAGAUACUGGGUAUCAGGCUUAACGCCUGGCAGCGGGAGAUUUCGUACGUGAGGGAAUGGUACCAAAAGGAACACAAAAACUGGGUUUCUUUGGAUGGUCAGCGGUCUAAGUGGUGGGUGUGGAACCAAGCCCUGGAUGAAGCCAGGAAAAGUGUCCGUCAGAUUCAAACCUACUUACAAAGAUUAUCUGAAGGUAUUUCUAAUCACCCAAAUACUUUUUACCGUCAAACUCAGAAAACCGUGAGCACCUGAAAAAUUUCAGGAAUGUUGAUUGUGUACUGGCCAAUCACAAUAAAGUUCAGGACAUGCUAGCAAAUCUCAAAUGCACAAUAUAAUUACCGUUCAUGUUUGCGGUUUAGUUAUCUCGCGCCUUAUUGGCUUAUUUUUCAAAACACAAUAACAUUCCAUAAAUAUUUCUGGUGUUCACGGUUUUGUGAGUUUCACAGUAAUAUUAGAAGCUAUAACAGUUAGUCUGCAGAAAGACCAGGCCCGGGUUGUUUAAACGUUAGAUAGUGCUAUCCACUGGAUAAAUCACUAUGCAGUGGAUAAGUAUUAAGGAAACUAACUGUGCUAUCUAGUGGAUACAGAUUUUUCCAUUGGAUAGCGUUAUCCACCGCUUGAACAACUGAGGCCAGACACUUUGUUUUUGUUUCUUGCCUUUUCUAAAGAAACAAAUAACUCGUCUAUGUAUUUUGCACCCAAAACUGUGGUUAUGAGAGCUGGCGAGAAACGUAAAAACCAACCAACAAACAAAAAAACACCUUUCCCAUAAGUUUAAAGGAUACCAUUUUGUUUGGCUUCACUCGUUUCUUUGAUUGUUUGGUUUCCCUUUCCUGCACGUACUGCCACCAAUAGGGUUUAUCCCUCUUCGGUGAGAGUAACUCCCCCACUCACCUUUAACGCUUCACUAAGUUUGUCCACUUCAUUGUGAAAAUUAACGUCCUUAUAAGACUACCAAAUCACAGUUAAAAACUCCACCUAACACUCCCCUCCCUUAUGCCGUCGCUGUUCUCUUUUCCAGGCAAAGCGGCAUCAGUGGCUGACAUGUGUAUCACACCUUCUGAGUGCCUGGUCAGGCUGGGUGAUUUUGGUCAAUACUGUCCUGUCAGCCUGGCCGACCGUGGAGAACUGGUCGACUGUUCCGUCAACCCUUCCCUGGAGUUUGCUGCUGAGUUCCGCGGACGCUAUUACAAAAUGGCGUCAAGAGUUGAGUUGGAACUCUUUCUGGCGGACCCUGCUCGUUAUGUACCGCCUUUGGCUCCUAGAAAACUCCCCGAUUUUGAGCUCCUACCUAAGCGAAGGACCGCAGCUGAGGUGAAGACCAUGUUUCCGAAACAAAUUGAGCUGAAGGGAUACUGUCCAGUAACUUACUUGGAUGGCAAGCUAAGGUGAAUAAAUUAUUCUAGUUCCAACAUUGAGGAGAUACAAGAGAGCAGCAUCCAAAGUAUAACAAAGCAAAAUUCAACCCAAUCCUUGAAAAUCAGAACGCGUAUCUUUGUAGACAUGUUAUAAAGAACUUAGAACGCGACGAAAGUACCUGGCAUAUUUCAACCAAAUCUCCUGACGUUCAUCAAUCGAUAGACUGCAAAACAGUCCGUAUUUUUGCGUAUUCAAGUACGCGCGAGCAGUCAAACAAAAGGUCUGGAACGAGGCUGAAAACAGAGAGCGAGACUGGGGAGAGACGCUUUUUUCUCUCGCCUCACCGCUUCGCCCCCCUAAGACUCUUACGCCACGCUUUACCGAUUUCUUUACUGAUUUUGAGAAAAAUACCGACUGUUUUUCAGUCUAAUCAACCGAAUGCAUAGCGGAUUAGUGACGGUCAUAUGACCAGAAAUGAUCAUGUGAGCGAAUGAUGCUACAUACUGACAUUUGUGUGACGUUACUUAUCGUUUUCCUUUUUGUUUUUUCCUUGUUUGGAAUAUCAUUAACAGAUACGAGAAUAUCGUCCCGGGUGAGCCAGACCUAGUCGUCGAGUACAGAGAAAAACUCUUCUGCUUCGAGUCCGAGGAGAAACUGCAGAAAUUUAUGAGGUAACUUAAAAUUAUGCGCUCAAAGCACCCUCAAGUCAAGUGAUAUAUACGUAUGUUUGGUGAAUGAGCAAACGUGAUCAGCAAAGGCUGUAAGGCGAUAAUGAUUUUCGCGCCACCUUUUACGGUUGCCUUUCCCGACGAAAGUGAAGUUUGAAAUCUAUUCGUAUAUUUUGGAUCUUCUACUGAAAUCAAGACAUGAAUCCAAGAGCUUUAACGAGAUUGAAAUUGCCUGGCAAUAGAUAUCCCCAAACUAUAACUUCCAUUUUGUUGUUCCUAGUGUAACUUGAAUAAACACAAUGCUUAAUGCAUUAACCUCUCUAUUGUUUACACAUCCUUUGCAGAUUACCAGAGAAGUAUUAUAGUCUAACACUCCCACACAAAUUACCCCCCAGAAAAGAACCUAUGCUUGUCAGUGGACUGCCCAUGUUAGGUUACAUGGAGCAGAGUGUCGCUACAGCACUGACCAAAGCGUUAACUGCAGUGGGAUGUUUUAAACCCAAAUAUCCGUUUGUUGACGCCAAGAAGUCAGCUCUUCUCUACAUAGCCUAUCAUCUUAAGGGUAAGUGAUAUAUUGCUGAAAACACAUUGUUUUUUAAGAAUUCGUCCAAUCAUAUUGCUUUAGAAACCAGUAAUUUGCUUAAGAGCGAAUAAGUGUGCAUGACGAAAUCGGCAAACAACCCUUGACUGGAUUCUUGUGUAUGCUGUUCCUUGCACAAUCCUUUAUUUAGGCAUCCUUUCAUAUUAGUAGGCGUCUGUGAUGGCCAUGUUUACGGGACUCAUUCCACCCCCUUAUUGCGGGAGACCAGAGGAGCCUGCAAACCUAAUCUCCAGGUUGCUAUUACUCGUGCGCAGCACGUAUGUAGUCAGGAUUCGUUUGUAUUUUUAUUUCAUCGAAGAAUGAACGUAAUGCAUAGAACGCAAUCUGACCAUCGCGUUGAGACCUUCUGUCACCUGUAUCUGAUCACGAACGUUUUCAUCUUCCAUCACGUUAAACUUACGCAAAACACAGCGUUGAGCCUAGAGCGUUUGAACCUUCGACCGAUCUCGCACGAACUCCCUAAAGUUUGGUAAUUACUAGCUUUAGUAAUAAAUUAAAAGGGCGUGUAAAAUAGUGCGUCUGCUGUCUGCAAUUAGGGAAUUUACGCAGCAGGACGGGAGAGGAAAAAAGACGGCAAACCUUAUAAGAAAACCGUGACAACAACUGCGUUUCACCCUCCUUUUAACAGAUUGUUUUUACAACUACACCAGUAACAUUCAUGUUAAGUGAAGAUGACGACAAAACAUGCAUGUAAUAGCUCGGUCACGUUUGUCACGCACAAGCGUUUUUCCGUCCACUUCUUUCUGUCGUCCUGUUGCGUGAACUCACCAUUGAAUUAAAGUUCCCGACAAAUAAAAGCUUACAGCAGUGGGUUUCUUUUUCAUUUCAGCCUACAACCCAAAGAGCAGUGAUUACGUCCGGAAGAAGUACAAACAGAAACUAAUGAGAUUUGAAGAGGAAUGCGAGCUGAUUGGCUACCUUGGUAAAGAGAUGACCAGUCGUUAUCGAGAGCCAGAGGAUCUCCCUAUUGAUUUUGAGCAUAAGUUGUCAACAUUUCUGGCGCUCAAAGACAUAGAGCCUACAACCACGUGGUGUGCGUGACACUUCACUAUCAGAGCGUGACCAUUUUGCAUGACCUAGAUUACAGUUUAUUUAUUUUUAAUAAAGGGAGAAAACACUGUGCAUACUUUUUAAUUUUAUGACGGCAGUAACAUGUCGGCAAUCAACGAUGUUGUAUAAUAGAUAUGUAAAUAAUCUGCAAGAAAAUGAUAAUUGUAAAUAAAUUUGUUUGACCUCAAAUGCA